UGGAUGUUCUGAGCAGAAGGAACAACUGGAUGUUCUGAGCUGAUCUAGCGAAAAUGGGACAAAUAAUUUGACAUCUGAAGCUUUUCUCAAAUGGAGGAAUUUUGAACAGGAGCCAUUAACAUCCAGAAGUGGCAGCCUUUUUCUCUGUGUAUCUUGGGGCGCGGGGAGGGGGGAAUGAAUUUCACAAACUGCACAACAGAAGCCAGCGUGGCUGUCAAACUCAAAACAGUCACCGAAAAGAUGCUUGUUACCCUGACCUUGGCCUUAAUCACAAUUUUGACUAUGCUGCUGAACUCUGCUGUAAUUACAGCAAUUGGCACCACCAAGAAACUACACCAGCCUGCAAAUUACUUAAUAUGUUCACUAGCUGUGACAGAUCUGCUUGUUGCUCUUUUAGUCAUGCCCUUGAGCAUUACAUACAUAGUGAUGGAUACGUGGACUCUGGGAUACUUCAUCUGUGAGAUAUGGCUUAGCGUUGACAUGACCUGCUGCACGUGUUCAAUUCUUCAUCUUUGUGUCAUUGCACUGGAUAGAUACUGGGCAAUCACAGAUGCUAUUGAAUACGCCAGGAAAAGAACGGCAAAAAGGGCCGGGCUUAUGAUAGUCACUGUAUGGACUAUAUCCAUUUUCAUUUCGAUGCCACCUUUGUUUUGGAGAAAUCAUCACAGCGUCACUAUUCCCAGCGAGUGUCGCAUUCAACACGAUCACGUGAUCUACACUAUUUACUCCACUUUUGGGGCAUUUUAUAUCCCCUUGAUGCUAAUACUGAUCCUCUAUUACAGAAUUUACCAUGCUGCAAAGAGCCUAUACCAAAAACGGGGGUCAAGCCGCCACCUAAGCAACAGGAGCACAGACAGCCAAAAUUCUUUUGCCAGUUGUAAGCUCACGCAGACGUUCUGCGUGUCAGACUUCUCGACAUCUGACCCAACCACGGAAUUUGAUAAAAUACAUGCGUCAGUGAGAAUUCCUCCUAUUGAUAAUGACCUGGAGCUGGCUGGUGACCGUCAGCAGAUUUCCAGUACACGGGAACGAAAGGCUGCUCGCAUCCUGGGACUGAUCUUAGGGGCUUUCAUCUUGUCGUGGUUACCAUUUUUCAUUAAGGAGCUUAUUGUGGGCCUGAGUGUUCGCACGGUGUCUGCAGAAGUAGCUGACUUUUUGACAUGGCUUGGCUAUGUCAACUCCCUUAUCAACCCUCUGCUGUACACUAGUUUUAAUGACGAUUUUAAGCUGGCCUUUAAAAAGCUUAUUCGGUGUUGGGAAAAUUCUUAAAAGCACCUAAAGGCAGAUAUAACAUGACGCCCUGGCCUUAAGAAUGAGUAAAAUGAGCUGAAUUUGGCAACAUUUUGCUUGGUAAAGGGGAUUUUUGUGUUUGUCUUUAUGCUUGUCUUCUCUUUGGCCUGUAACUUGUUUUGCUGUUUUCUACCUCUCAUGUUAUUAUAGUACAUAGUUUCAAACACAUUUUAUUAUAUUGAGGCACAGAAUUCUUGGAAAAAUAAACCAAAAACCCCAGUUAUCCAUUCAUUUUUAAAAUAUCUUAUUUAAGCAACAAUUUAAAAAAUACAUAUUUAUAAAACAAAUGGUUGAUUUAACUUGCACUAUGACAUGGAGGUUUAUA